AUGGAACAACCACCUAUUCGUAUAUUGAGGCGACCAUGUCCACUUCCGUCCGAUGUUCAAAAAACACCACAGAGGCCACCUGUAUUCACUAAAACUCUCGAGCAAAGGGAGGCAGAUUAUGCUGCUGCAAGGAGAAGGAUUAUGGGGUCUGCAACACCGGAGCCUAAUGAGGUAGGAGUGAGGGAUUCAGUGGAGUCUAAUUCUAUGAGCAUACCAGAAGAUAUCAACAAUGUAACUUCUGAACAAGACUUAUGCAUUGAAACUACCUCUUCUGCGAUGCGGGAUUCGGAGGUUAGUGUUCACAGUGACUCUACCUCUGAUUUAAAGAUCAAUCACUUGCACACCAGCCAGGAUGAAGCGCAGUUUCCUGCGCCCCAGGAUAACAAACAGCUUCUAGAAGUCGGUGUUAGUCGAAAGCUCCAGCAGCAUCCACAAUGUCUAUCGAAUGGUAUUCGACAGAACAUGUUAACUCAACGCAGUGCAACAGUAUCUGCCAACAGACUGUCUUAUUUUCCUCAACCUCCACUUUUCUCUUUCCAAACUGGAUAUAAUAACGUUGGUCUUCUUCCUACUCCCCCUGGCUUUCAAUGUUCUCUUCAAAACGGAACGAAUGCUGGUUUGCAACAAACGGCUGCGAUCGCACUGAUGCACCAAUUAAAUUUACUACAGCAACAAUAUCAACAAACCCUAACUGGAAUUCAAAAACAAUUAGUAACUCCUGGCACGCAUUCGUCCACCAGUUUCAACCCUUUAAACUUUUCAUCUCUUCCUCACCCGAACAUUAGUCACAAAUAUACUCACCCUCCAACCUUCAAUUGA